AUGACCUCCAGCAGCAUGAAUAUGAUGGGCAAAAUCAUCUUCUACGAGGAGAGGAACUUCCAGGGCCGCUCCUACGAGUGCAUGAACGACUGCCACGACAUGUCCUCCUACCUGAGCCGCUGCCACUCCUGCAGGGUGGAGAGGGGCUGCUUCAUGGUCUACGACCGCACCAACUUCAUGGGAAACCAGUACUUCAUGAGGAGGGGCGAGUACGCCGACUGCAUGGGCAUGAUGGGCAUGAGUGACUGCAUCAGGUCCUGCCGCAUGAUCUCCAUGCACAGGGGGUCCUACAGGAUGAGGAUCUACGAGAGGGAGAACUUCCAAGGACAGAUGUAUGAGAUAAUGGAGGACUGCGAUAACAUCAUGGACCGCUACAACAUGUCCAACUUCAUGUCCUGCCACGUGAUGGAAGGCCACUGGCUGAUGUACGAGCAGCCCCACUACAGAGGAAGGAUGGUGUACAUGAAGCCUGGAGAGUACAGAAACUUCAUGAACAUGGGCUGGAGCGGCAUGAGGUUCAUGAGCAUGAGGCGCAUCAUGGAUUCCUACUACUAGAUGAUG